AUGGCUAAGCCUUCUGAAGUGGACGUACUGAUCAUUGGCGCUGGGCCAAGUGGUUUGGCCGCUGCUACAUGGUUUUCCCGCUUAGGCAUAAAGACCCGGAUCAUUGACCAGAGGGGCACGCGGACACUCGCCGGCCGCGGAGACGGGUUACAUGCUCGAACAGUUGAGAUCUUGGAUUCAUUUGGCUUGGGAAACGCCCUGCGCGAGACUGGAUGUCAGCUGGACGAUUUUGUCGUCUGGGGACCCGAUGGCCAUGGCAACAAGCGUCGUCUAGACCGACAGCCAGUCUGGGGCAGUGAAACAAGCCUGAUCAAACCUUACAUGGCGCACCAGGGACAUUUGGAGGCCAUUUUCCUCGAUGGGUUGAAAAGAGCUGCCGACCCGAUCGAAGUGGAGCGGGCCGUGAAACCCAUCAACAUGAAGAUCGAUGGUCGCGGGACCUCAGGAUUCGGAAUCGACUUGGACGCACACCCGGUCACGGUCACGGUCAAGCAUCUCAGCGAAGAAGAGGCGGGCUUUUGGCCCAGUAAUGCGCAUACAGUCCUACCGAACGGCCUCACGAGGGACGAGCCCAGUACCAAGAUCUGUCCGUCCAUUUGUGACGGCGCGUACCAGACGACAUUCCAGACGACAGGCAAGGAGGGAAAAACUGAGACGAUCCACGCCAAGUUCGUCUUGGGAUGUGAUGGUGCUCACAGCUGGGUUCGUCGCCAACUUGGCAUCCGGAUGGACGGAUCGGCCAGUGACAGCGUCUGGGGAGUCAUAGACGUGCAUUCGUCGACAGGGUCCUAUCGUGUCAAGCAAGCACGAACCCAUUGUCACAUCCCGCGAGAGAACGGAAUGAACCGAUUCUAUGUUCCGCUGCACGGGGAUAUCGGGGAGAAGGACUCGUUCGCAGAGCUGGCCGAUCCGUCGCGUCAACUUUGUAAGAAGAUCAUGGCCAUCGCUCAGGGAGCCUUCCAUCCCUAUACCUUGGAAUACGAAUACUGUGACUGGUACACCCUGUACAAAGUGGGCCGACGUUCUGCUUCGGCAUAUGGCGACCCAACCCGUCGUGUCUUCAUUUUUGGUGACGCAUGUCACACCCACACGCCGAAAGGAGGCCAGGGCAUGAAUAUCAGUAUGCAGGACUCAUAUAAUAUGGGCUGGAAGAUCGCGGGAGUGCUCAAAGGCCAGCUCCGACCAGAAGUUCUAGCAACUUACGAAGAGGAGCGACGGCCGAUCGGUGAAAAGCUCGUAGAGCUCGACGAGUAUUUGUCCAAAGGUCUCGGCGCAGCAGCAGAGGAUAGGGGCACGCUGAUGCAGGUUUACGACCUAUUGCGGAAGUUCACUGACGGCAGAGCAGUUGUCUACAGACCUGGACUUGCUGUUGCUCAGGAGUUUGGUCAUGGUCCUGCUUGGGGUAUCCAACUGGGUACGCGUUUGCAUAACCACUAUAUUCGAGGUCAAUCUACCUCUUGGCUGGCGCAGGUGAUGGAUCUGCUGCCCAGCAAUGGUCGAUGGCGCCUUAUCGUUUACGGCGGUGACAUCUCCGACGACGUCCAACGUGGCCGAGUCAACCAGCUGGGUCGUGCGAUUGCUGCGCCCAAGGGCCUCGUCCAUCGAUAUCGAUCACUCACGCCUGGAAAACCUUGGCUCGAGGUUUUGCUUAUCCAUACCGCCGAUGUGGCGUCUGUCAGUCGUGAAACGUUGCACGAAGCCUACCACCCACAACAGGAAAAGUAUGGCGGCACUUCGUGGCACCAGGUAUGGGCUGAAGAGUUUCUACCACGCCAGAAGGGAAGCGUCUCACCGGGUCCAGCUCACCGGUCAUUGGGCAUUGACCCCAAUAUUGGGGCAAUGGCUAUGAUCAGACCGGAUACUUUUGUUGGGUGGGCUGGAGGCUACGAGGAUCUGCCUGAUCUUGAGAAAUACUGUGCUGGGCUAUUCGUCGCGUGA